AUGGCUUGGUCUGAUGUUGUUUGUGUUGCUGUGCCUUUCCCUGGAAGAGGAGCAUGGACAGGAGCCAUCAUAGCUUCCAUUCUUAGUAUGCCAUUAUGGGCAGCAGUGUUUGCAAAUUUCUUUGGUAUUGUAUUGGCUGGGCUUCCAGUUAAUUUGCUGGUGAACAUUGGUCUCAAAUAUGCAAUUAUCACUGGUAUUAUCCUCUUCAUUCAUGUGGAGCAUCCUUCGGAACCUUAG